CUGGGGGCCAGAAGCCAUUUUAUUGGCACCUAAUCCCACGCUGUCUUUCUGCGACUGCCAAUGUCUCGCUGUCACACACACACUCUAAAGGGUUCCGGAUGGCAGUGCGAGGCACAGGGCUGGGGGUGGGGUCACUUUGCUAUUCAUGUCGGUGGGUAUCGGUGCAGUUUGCGAUAGUGUACCCCAAUGUGUGUGCGGCUCGUGUAACAUCAGUGCAGUUAUUGGCUCUUCAGAGCAGAGCUUUCAGGCUUUAUAAGCGGCAGCAUUAGUUUCGCGGGCAGGCGGAGUAGUUUCGUUGUCGGGAUGUGCAGUUGCGCUGUAUGUAUAUAGUGUGUCACACAGAGAUGCCCUGUCCUUCGCCUCCUCCUCCCUCCCUGUGUCUCCCUGGGAUGGAUAUGUAUGUGUGUGUGUGCGCUUCUCUUCCCCCCCCCCGGCCUGGCACGUCGGGAGUUGUAGUUCCCCUUUGGACUCGCCCCCAUUGGCGACAGUGGUGGGCGGCGCGGUGCCCGGACUACACUUCCCGUCACGCCCCGCGCGGCCUGGCUCGCUGCUCUCGCUCGCUGGCUGCCAGUGUCUCCGCCGAACCUUCUUCUCGUCCGGGCGCACGGAUAGGAGCGGGCACCGAGCUUUCUCUGACGCAGCUGACGGUGGCCCCAGCCCUUUGCGUCUGGAGUUGGAUCCCGAAACAGGUAAAUCUCCUAUAGGACUGAGAAGACACAGCCAGAAGAUCUGUGGUCACCUUCCAUAGCUCCUAGGGCGUGAGCGCCUGCCAUGCUAUCGGCCGCCCCGCUUUACAGCGGUGUGCACAACUGGACCAGUGUGGACCGUGUGCGCAUGUGCGGAAUUAACGAGGACAGGAGAACAUCACUAUCUGAUGAGAAGUCUAAAACCAGCAGUUCCCAGCACCGGGGGUCUGAAGAUCUUUGUGUAAACAGCUUCUUAUCCAAGGUGGAGUUCACGUCAGGAGCCAAACAAAGUGAUGCUCUGAUGCUUCAGGAAGAUGGGGGUGCGGUGGUGGAAACUGGGCAGAGACUAGAGGAGAAGCCCCCAGAUCCCAUAUUAACAUCAGAAGACACAGUGGUACCCAAGGUCCAUGAUAAUACUUUGUCAUCAGACAGCAAGCAAGUUACCAACAUGUUGGAUAUCUCAAUCCAAGCAACAUCAACUCCAGACAGUAAAAGAACAGAGUCUGCCAGGGCUCCUGUUCCAGAGAAACCUUUUUUGCCUGCUGAUGCAGAUCAUUCUGGGAUGCAAAAAAAUGUUCUGGCUGCUGGCUUACAAUCAGUAGGUCAGCAAAUGGAGGCUUCACACACUGUUGUCUCUUCAAGUUUUGGCACUCUGACUCCUUUUGCUAUGAGUAGAAUAUGUUUCUCUACCACUCAGGUCCCUAAUGUGCAGAAACUUCCACUAUCCUUUCCACCAGGAGCAGUCCUAUCCCCAAGCCAACCCUUGGUUUACAUCCCCCCUCCAAACUGUGGGCAACCUCUUGGUGUAGCUACUUUACCAACUACAUUUGGAGUAACACCAACAUUGACUCUUCCCUUGCUGCCACCCUGCCUGCAGGAAAGAUGCCUACCUAGCAUUAUAGCACCCACAGAACUGCAUGCACAUGCUUUUACGUCUCCUUUGGGGAGGCCAUUAACCACUGAUCCAAAAGUAACUUCAACAAAGUUAAAUAAGUCAGCCAGCACAACAGCUUCCAUUUCUGCCACUGACCGCCAUAGCGUUACAACAGCUGUGGACGGUUCACCCAUCUGCACUGAUCCUACAUCUACAUCAAUAUCAACUCUACAAACGUUAUCUUCCCAUUCCCCCCACCCACUGGUAAGUGUAAGCCCUGUUACCCUUGCCCCUUACAACAGAACAUCAACUACACUUGAACAGCAAAAUGAUAGUGUGUCUUCAUCCAUUUCCCCCUUGAAAUCCCCCCCACAGCUUGAGAGGGAGAUCAUUUCCCCACAGGACACUUGUGAAAUGCCUUUAGAUUUGUCAUCUAAAUCACACCGUCAUAAACAUACCCCUACAAACCAACGAAAAACUCCACCUAUGCCAGUGUUAACUCCAGUACACACCAGUGGUAAAGCAUCAUUAACCACUGUUUUGUCCAGGUCAGACUGUAACACUCAGCGUCCCACUCCAAACAGCUUUACCAGCAGCAGUGUUAACCAGAGUCUCCGUGCAGCUCCCCCUUUAGUCAUGUUUCCAGAUUUCUUGAGAAAUGGGGACCCUGGAUCCUCACAAUUAUUGGGAGCUACAGGGGCUUGGAUCAAAAACUCAGCUGCUCUUAUAAGCACUAUACCUGGUACAUACGUAGGGGUGGCCAACCCAGUGCCUGCCUCUGUGUUGCUGAACAAAGACUCUAACAUGAGCCUUAGCACAGACUCCCGACAUAUGGCCAAACAGGAGCCAAUCUCAAUCAUUGACCAGGGAGAGCCAAAGAACUCAGGGCCAUGUGGCAUGAAAGCUAACCAGAACAGUGUUGAUGGACAGCAGUCCACAACAAAGAGAUACCCUCAUGGACAUGUUACAUCUGUGACCUCCUUAUGUCCUUCCAAGGACUGGACCUUGGGACAUGGGGGUAUUCACCCAAAGUUUCCCUUAAAUGGGAAGCCCACCAAUGCUCAGGUUAUGCCAGUCAGUUGGUCUCCAUACCAUCAAACUUCAUUACUUUCAAUUGGUGUAUCAACCACAGGAACAAUUAAUGCAAAUCAAGGUGCUACUCACAGACUUCCCAUUUCAGAGUACACUUUAUUCCCUAGCAUUCUUCCAGCUGACACCAAUGUAACUCUUCAAACAACUAGCAAUGAAAACCAUUCUGAUACAAAGCAGAUAAAUACUGGAGCCACUGCCCCAGAACAUGAGAAAUUUGCAAGGCGGAUAGCAUGUGAAGCUUUCUCCAAGCCUCGUACAUCGAAUGCCAAGAAAACACUUGCACCAAAACCAGCAGCAGGGAACUCUGUUCUACUUCUUCAGCCAACUGCAACUAAGAGAACUGAUACCACUGAUAAUUUACAAGGAGCAAAUAGCAGCAUUACUUUAAAAAAGGUUUCUGACAAACAGAACUGCAAGGAUGAAAAGAUACACCCUAAGCUGAACCAUAAUAGAAAACCUUUCGGAGAAACUAAGCCGAAAAAUAAAGUGUUGGCUACUUAUAUGACUCAUGACAAACCAGUUACUCAGCAAAAAGACUCUCUUUCAUUAAUUGAUCAAGGCUGUAGUAAGGGUACUUCAGGGGCAGACGUUUCACAUUAUCAACAGUCACCUGCUAAGCAGAGCCGCAAGAGAGGACAUAAAGUAGAAACUCUUCAGUCUGUCCAGGAAGUAGACUUGAGUAAAGUUAAAAUUGAAAGAGUGGAUGAUGACGAGAACUUUGGUCAUAUUUCUACUUGUAAUAACCUUUCCUGGUCACCUGUGGACAUACCAGCCAUAACCAAAGUCAAAACACGAAUUAAGAAAGAGCCUGGUUUACGGUGCCAUUCCAAGCGCUUGGAAGAGUUGACACCAUCCAAGCCAAACCAACAGAAGUCCAAACACAAAGUAAAACAAAAGGAAGAAGAGAUUAACAAGACUGGACAAGAUACUCCCAAAAGGAAGUGGAAAAGGAAAUCUCCAACAACACAGGCAGCAGCUGAGAAAAAAGAUAUCAAGAAACCAGGUUCUGAGAAAGAGAAGACGGGUAUCCGGCCAAAGAGACGCAGAAGGAAGCACAUAAAGAGUGAGCCCUUGGAUCCAGAGCUUGAUGGAGCAAUAAAUGAGAAGAAGUCCAAGAACAGUUUCAGAGACUUUAUUCCCGUGGUCUUAAAAAGCAGAACCCGCAGCCAGACAGGGUACAGUGGUUCGUCAGAUGUUGCCAGCUCCUUUGCAGACUCCUAUGCAGUAGUGCAGGAAGAGGAGCAUGAUGUGCCUUGCAAGAGACGAAAGCUGAGAAAGAUUCAGAAAACAUGCCGACACAGCAGAUUUACGGCUGUCAAAGAAGAACCUCAGUUGGAACCCAUCACUCCUGUUUUACGGGGCUCCUGGGAUGUGACCAACAGAGUGUCAGAUGCAGGAAAAGCAUGGCCAUUAUUAGAUAAGGAUGAAGAGGCUGAUGAAGACGGUCCAUUUCGGAGGAGAAAGAGAAGGCGUCAGAAAAAUCGGAAAUAUCAGAAUGGGGAGUACCUCACAGAGAAGCAGGAAGAAGAAGUGUCUCACUGCUACAGAAGGCGGAAAGUCAGAACAGAUUUACAUAAAAGGAAGCACUCGCCGUCUGACAAACCAAUCAAAACAUUUAGAAACAAGCUGGUUUCGUCUUCUCGAGAAUCCCCGAAACAAAGUAAUGCAAGAAAUUGUUCUCACAACGGAAACCCUGAAGAAUCUCCAACUCCACAAAAAGAGAAACCAUCUGGAAAACGCAAAUGCAAAACCAAGCAUAUUGGGGGCAGUUUAGAUGCGGAAGUGAAGGGAAAGACCAGGCGGAAUAGCCAGUCCCCCAAGAGCUCUCCAUUGAAAUCCCCAUCUUCCAGGAAGAGCAGAGAUCCAGAUACACCUUGCCGAUCUCGUCGCACCAGCACACUUGGCUCCUCAGACACACCUAGUGCCCAGCACAUCCCUCCUGAGGCUCGAAGACUGAUUGUUAACAAAAAUGCUGGGGAAACCCUACUACAGAGGGCAGCCCGUCUUGGCUACAAAGAUGUUGUGUUAUACUGCUUGCAGCGAGAUCUGGGAGACAUAAACCAUCGGGAUAAUGCUGGUUAUACAGCAUUGCAUGAAGCUUGCGCUCGAGGGUGGACCGAUAUUUUACAACUCCUUCUAGAUAAUGGAGCCAAUGUCAAUUGUAGUGCACAGGAUGGCACCAGACCUAUUCAUGAUGCAGUUGUAAAUGAUAACUUGGAAACUGUGUGGCUUCUGUUGUCAUACGGCGCUGAUCCCACACUGGCCACAUACUCUGGACAAACGCCUAUGAAGCUUGCCAGUAGUAAAAUCAUGAGGAAAUUUCUAAGCAAUUAUCUUGGUGAUCUCCGAGGACAUUCUGAUGGAGACCCCAAUGCAUCAUGGGACUUCUACAGCAGCUCUAUUUUGGGUGGGAAGGAUGAAGUUGGCCAUGACAUUGUUCUCGAUACUUCUUAUAUCUCCGAGGAGGAUGAGGAGCAGGAGGAAGACAAAGAUCUAGAGGACAACUUCUUGUUUGAGUUUUCCGAUAAACCACUGCUCUACUGCUACAAUCUUCAUGUGUCUCUCACUAGUGGGCCGAGUAACUGGUUCCUCUUUUCUGAUGUGCUGAAGCAUCUAAAACUUUCCUCUCGGAUAUUCCAAGCAAGGCACCCGCACUUUGAAGUUGCCAGCAUGCAAAAGAAAGAAUUCACCAAGCAGGUGCUCACAAGCCAGCUUUUGACACCUACAGAAGGUUUAGACUUGUGGCCACAGGACAUGGGGGACAUUGUAGAGCUGGUGAAAUAUGAGCCAGAGCUGCUUCGACUUUUGGGCUCAGCUGUAGAAUUCCAGGGUGUUAGCAGCUGACAAGUAAACGGCACUUGUGUGUAGGACCUGCAACAGAGGCAAUAAACUGACCAAGAAAAGGCGGCCUUAGCAAUGCCAGCACUGCUGAAUGGAUUUCAUGGUUUUAUCAUUUCUUUCCAUUCUGGUUUUUUUAAUGUGGAUCUUUUCUAUCUUUGGAAGAUGUCUGGAAGUAUCUGGUCACGGAAAACCACAAUUAGUUCUCCCUACAUGUAAUAGAGAUGAGUUAUUAUUUUGCUGCUGGUGACCACUUGUCAUUCUCACUAGUUGCUGAGGUGAAGAUAUUCUAAUGAAUUGUGGUAAACUGAAUAUUUGAAGGAAAUCGCGAUUUACCCUCUUCCCCCCCCCCCCAUCACAUUUCUUUGUCCUCCUUAAUGAUCCUGUUAAGAAUGUCGAGUGAAAGUCUUUGUGAUCUCUUUCCUGUCUUUGUGAUCCAUUUCUGUCCUUUUUGUGACUGGUUUCACUCAGUCUUCAUUUGUGGCCGUUUUUGUUGUUAUAAGGUUUUACGGGGAAAAAAUAAAAAGUACAUGAAGCACCAGUUCAUAUUUGAAACAACAUGGGUUGAUUCGUCAAUCCAUUAAGAAUUUGGAACAGGAAGACAAUCAUGGUUCUUUGAAGAACCUUCAGAUAAAUGAGAACCAGAAGGCCACUGAACUGAACUUCAUAAGGUCUCCUUAGCUCACUCUUUAUCUCCUAAUGAGAAGCUCUUUCAAGAAAUGAAAUGAGUGACGUUUGCUGUCACUGAAGCCAGGCCAAAGCAACAGAACUUCUAGAAACGUGGUUUGUGGCCUAGAAGACUCCACUCUGCAGAUAUAAACCCAAGUUUUUGUGUGCCCUCCUACUGAUAACAUUCAAAUCAAUUAAUGAUUUGGCUGUUUGCUUGGGUUUCCAAGGACAGCCUGAGCCAGCAACGUAACUGCAGAAUCUUGAAUAUGUGCAUCGAUGAUGCAGAUAUAAUAUGGUCAGGCCUUGCCUACACCACUCGAUUAUGCUUCUGCCCUGCUUUCUUCAGUGGACACGGCAAAUCCAUAAGCAGCAUGGCUAGAGACUGGGGAGAAGGAAAGUGUGUGAAUGUGCUCAGGGCUCUUCUUCCCACCUAAUCCAAUGCUUCUUACUUUUUAUAGUAAAUGCUAAUUUUAAAGCAGUUUGGAGUGAAAGGAACUUGCGCGACUGUCCGCUUCCACCAAGGAAAGGAAAUGACAGUGCCCUUUUCACAGGGCUGGCCGUGUGUUGUUCCACGUUAUAUACGCGGCACUUUAACUUCUUUUGAACUGAGAGUUUUCUUUUUCUUUUUAUUGUAAAUGGUACAGUUUUAUUGUACGGGUGCUAAAAAAAUACAAAAAAUAUUAAUUUCAA